AUGGCCGCCGACCUCUCCAGCUCGAGGGAGCUGUAUGAAUCUGGACUGACUGUCCACUCAGAUUCUGAGAAUUAUUCGGCCAAUCAUGACAUCUCCGGCUCUCAGUCAUCCUCCUCGAGCUCCCCCUUGAUCCUCUACAAGCCCCCGACCAUCUGGAGUAUCCUGCGGGGAGCUGCCAUUAACCUCGUUCUUCCAUUCGUGAAUGGCUUGAUGCUGGGGUUUGGCGAGUUGUUUGCACAUGAAGCAGCCUAUCGACUCGGCUGGUCCGGGACAAAGGUCUUCCCUAUGCAUCGGCGUUCGAGACCUAUCGGGCCCGGAAUCGAGGUGCGAGACAUCCCGUCGCAACGGAGGGGGACUAGGGCGGCCGGACUGAAGGAUGCUACGUCUCUAGAGUAG